AUGAAUAACUCACCUCCGGUGGAUAGUCGUCAGUUUUUCCGCACACACUGGCGCUUGUGGUUGCUGCUGGGUUGUGUACGUGAACCGGUGCACUACCAGUUGCUCUACCGCCUCUACAGCACCGUCGUCAACGCGCUCAUAAUGCUCUUCUAUCCGGGCACCAUACUCAUAGCCCUCUACAAUAGCGCCAACCUAACGGAUUUUCUACAAACGCUGCCCAUUUGCGCCGCUGCACUCGCCUGCAGCGCCAAAUACAUAAGCUACUAUCGGCGGCUGGGCUUGGUGCGGCAAGCGGAGCAGAUCUUCAAUGCUUUGGAUGAGCAAGUGCUGCUGCCCGAAGACCGUGAGUUCUACGCUGGCAUUCACCGAGGCACUAACUUAAUUCUGAACACACUGCGCGGCCUCUGCAUCUUCUUUAUGGCCAUUACAGUCAUGGCGUUUGCUUCGUCAAUUGAGGAGCGCGGUUUGGCCUUUGCCAUCGAGUUGCCGUUCGAUUGGCGCAAGUCGUCGGUGGCGUAUGUUGGCGCUGUUGGAUUGGAACUGUUGCUGCUAAGCUGCGAUCUCUUGCAGAGUCUGGCGAACGAUUCCUUUCCGGCGAUUGCGCUGUGUGUACUAUCGAACCACACGCGCUUACUGGGCGCUCGCCUGGCUCGGAUCGGCCAUACCAGUAAGGAUGUGCAGGCGAAUAUUCGCGAAAUGCAGCGCUGCAUUAUUGACCAUCAGCGUUUGUACAGAUUGCAGGCAAUCAUAGAAGAAAUAAUAUCAAUGCCGGUGUUCAUUCAGUACGCUGUCACCGCUUUUCAGGACUGUUUCACGCUGAUAACAUUUAUAUUCUACACGAACACCGUUUCCGAUAAAGUGUUGUAUUUGACCUAUUUAUUGGCUCUGCAGCUGCAAAUAUUUCCCACCUGCUACUAUGGCACCGCUUGUGCCCAAUCGAUGGACGAUCUGCAGCAGGAGAUUUACGCCAGCAAUUGGGUUGAACAGAAUCAGGUGUAUCGCCGUUUGGUGACCAUAUUCUCUCAGCGCACUCUGAAAAGCACAACAACCUACGCAGCGGGGCUCAUUCCCAUUCACUUGAGCGCAUUCGUGAAAACCCUACAGGGUGCUUACUCCUUUUACACAUUUGUGGACGGCGUAAGAAAGGUGUAG